AUGGCCCAUGUCAAUCUCCUCGAUUCGAGACGAUUAUCCGAACUCCUUGAACAAGCUCUGUCAUGGCGCAAAUCGGUAGACUCCCUCAUGGUCUCCGCUACGAACGGCGCAGUGCUUGCCUUCGCGUAUCGGGCUGGACGGCCGACAAUGAAGGACAUUCGUUCGCUCUCUACAACUACGACUACGGCGUACACAGUCGCAUCAGAGGACGUCCUUGUGUUUGAAGCGCAGCUCUCCCGCGCACUGUCGGUCCUUGCACCUGUUGCGGAUCAAGUCCUUUUGGCGGUGCAUGGGCCAGGACGAGGUGACUUGAAGAUCGACGGCAAUAUGCAGGGUCUCGAUGUCAAUGGCGAUGGGACGCAUGGGGCUGAAGACGAGCGCGAAGAGGGAAACAACGCUGAGGUGGACGAGCACGAGGAUGAGGUUGGUGGGGCUGUGGAAGACACGACAGCACGAGAUGGGGAUGACGAGGAAGAACAAAAUAGAAUUCGCGCGGAUCUCGAGUAUGUCAGUGAUCAACUCGCUGUCAUUCUUCGGGAGGAAUUGCGUGGUCUUAGGUGGCCAGAGGACAUAUGA